AUGUGGACAAAAUCAUGGAAACUCAUCUUUUAUAUUUUCAUAAUACAUCUCUACACUUCAAUAUCAUCAGCGACUUAUUUAAAACAUUCAAGACGACAUCGUGAUUCUUUAAUAACAUCCACGGAAUCAUUAUCACCAACAAAUGGGGUUCUGAGUGAUAAUAUUCAUGACAAUUUUGUGAAAACUUCUCCAACAUCUGCACUUCUACAAGAUAAAGCUCUUGAGCAUAAUCCAUGUCUUGACAAAUACUGUGGAGCAGGAAGGAAAUGUCGACUCUCACCAGACGGAGGAGUUGCAUUAUGUGUAUGUAUAAAAAAGUGUGGUAUAAGACAUAGACCAGUUUGCGGAAGUGAUGGAAAAGUUUAUGCAAAUCACUGUGAGUUACAUCGAACUGCUUGUAACACAGGCACACCACUUACUGUCAGCAGAUUGAUGAGAUGUCUUCACCAAGAUGAACAUCGAGAAACUCCCAAAGCUCUUCCAGUCGGUGAUGCAACAGUUCCAAGUACAGAAGUUAAAAAGGAAAGUCAUCAAGAAGAUAUCAGAGAUAACAUAAUAGACAUUGAUGUCAAUGAUUUAGAUGAUUGUUCAGCUCAGGAAUAUGAAAUAAUGAAGGAUAAUUUAUUAUUAUAUAAUCAUGCACGACUUAUGACUCAAGAUAAUCAUAGUAAGGAAUAUUUAGUCAGUAUAAUGUUCUCUCAUUACGAUCAGAAUAAUAAUGGUAAUUUAGAACGGGAGGAAUUGGAACAGAUUGCUGAAAGAGAAGAUUUGGAACAACUAAGUAAAGGUUGCUCUCUGGGACACAUGAUCAGCUAUGACGAUGCUGAUAAAGAUGGUCGACUUAAUAUUAAUGAAUUUUACAUGGCAUUUAGUAAACUUUACAGUGUAUCAGUUGUCUCUCUCGAUAAAUCUCUAGAGAUCAAUCACAUUUCAGCACGAGUUGGUGAUAACGUAGAAAUCAAAUGUGAUGUCACAGGUACACCACCACCACCUCUUGUCUGGAGGCGUAAUGAUGCUGAUCUCGAAGCUUUAUCAGAGCCUGAGAUUCGUGUUUUUACGGAUGGAAGUCUCUAUCUUACUCGGGUUCAACUUUUGCAUGCAGGCAAUUAUACGUGUCAUGCAUUGAGAAAUAAGGAUGUUGUUCAAACUCAUGUUCUUACUGUUUACACAAUUCCUGAAGUAAGAGUAACACCUAGACUUCAAUCAAAACGCCCUGGAGAAGAAGCUCGAAUGUUUUGUCAUGUAGUUGGUGAGCCUCUUCCAAAGGUGGAAUGGUUAAAAAAUGAUGAAUCACUUCAUGAAGAGAAUAAAUAUGAAGUUGUUGGCAAUGGUACCAAGUUGGUUGUAAAGAAUAUUGGAUAUGCUGACACUGGAGCUUAUAUGUGUCAAGCAACUAGCAUUGGUGGAUUAACUAGAGAUAUCAGCAGUUUAGUCAUACAGGAGCAACCAACGCCAACCGCACCAAAUGAAGAAAGAAGAUUCUUUUCGUUUCAUGAAUGGGGAAUAUCGGUUUAUGAGCCAUCUGCCUGUCAUCUUUAUCAUCAAAUUUAUUCCACUGAUAUUAUACCAGGGACACAAGAAUAUGUGUGUGGAGAAAAGGACAUUCCUUGCAGUUGGGGUCGUGCUAUAAAUGUUGCUAAUCGUUAUGUCUACGUUACACAACCAGAGAAGGAUAGGAUUCUUGUAAUUAGCAAAAUUCAAAUGGUUGUUGUUGAUGUUGUAGCAACAGAUAAAUAUCCAGUAGAGCUUCAAUAUGUCCCAGCUUUAGAUCAAGUUUGGGUAUUAAAUUGGCGAAAUGAAGAAGAUCAAGGAAUAAAGACUAUUCAAGUAAUAAGGGAUGCAGCACAAAAAAGGAAGCACCAUACAGUUCAUCCAGAACCAAUUGAUGGCCAAUUUGAUUUAGUUCGAGGCCUCUAUAUUCCUCAUGUACAAGAUAUUGGACACUUGUUUAAAUACGGAUAUGUCACUCAUACAAAUCAACGAGGGAUGUAUAAGCUUGAUCUAGCAAACAUGCGGUACACCAGAAGCGCAGAUCUUGCGCCAUACAAUUGCGUACCCGCCCACAUUCAAUUUCCGGCUUUGUAUGGUUUUGUAAUUCUUCAAUGUGAAGAACCGAUCACUGGAAAAGCAACUGGUCAACUUUUAUUAGAUUAUCUAACCGAUACUGUUCUUUCCCAUAAACCUGGACUUUUGGGAAAACCUAUGGUCUCUCCGGAUUCUCGUCACGUUGUUACAUUGGAUAAACAAGAGAGUGGAGUUAUUUUAGUUGUACAAGAAAUUUUAUCACAUGGAUUAAAAUUUUCGUUUGAUGUGAAAACAACACUUAAUAUUAGUGAUAUAACAUUCUAUCCAUCACAAACUACACAUGGGUAUGAUUUGUAUGCUUCAUCUACAGACAAAGAGGAUAUUCUCUUUUUAAAUUUAGCAACAGGUAAAGUGGAAAUAAUAACUGGUGUUGGAAAAGCAAUGCCAAUGAAUUUGACAAAAUGGGGUAACCCAAAUAGGCCAAUAGUUCAGAGUGGAAUUUUUGGGCAAUAUAUGGUAAGUCCUUCAAAUGAAGCUCUUUUUGUUUUAAAUGGAGAAACUCGAACAGUGAACUGUGAAAUUGGUGGACUUGUACAUCCCGGGGCUGUUGUAUGGUUUACAGUAGCAAUUCACUAAAAUUCAUCAUUGAAAAUUACCAAAAUAAAUCUUCAUAAAUUUUUUACCGAACAAGUGGCCUCGAAUCGUCUUUUGAUCACAAAUAAGAAUAAAAAAAAAAUGAAUAAAGUUGUAUACAUAAAAAUAUUUAAAAAAAAAAAAGAAUCAAUAAACACAUAACAAAAUGCAUGCAUAUAUACAUAGGUAGAGAAUACAUGUGUAUAUGUAUACAUAUAGAGCCAUUAAUCAUGACAUGAAUAUAAGAAAAAAUAUUUCUUUUGAAUAAUAAAAGUGCAUAAUAAUAUGAAUAAUUAAUUUAUAAAUUAAUGGCACGUUGAUAUGCCAAUAUUUAAUCGCAACUAUAACAUAUAUAAAACCCAUUUAUAAAAUAUCAUUUUCAUAUAUAAUAAUUAAGGUC